GCAAAACCGGCAGCCUUGUGUCUCGCAGUGCAUUGCUGCCUGGUUUCACAGUGGCACCGGAGCCUGAGUCGACCCUGGCCAAUUGCUUUGCACCGCUGCGCUUUGCUCUGCUCUUGGACCUGCCCUGCGGCUGGGCUACAUCGGGGACAUCUGGGACGCUCCUGCGGAGCUCUUUGGCAUUUGCGCUGUGGCUUUUGGCACCUUUUUGCACGUGCUUGGACCUCGAGCUCUACGUCGUAAAGACCUUUGAGACCCUCGGGCCUUGCACCUUUUUCCUUGCCGAGCUCUUUGAGAUGAAUUGGUGGAUGGCUAGCCUGGACACCGAGUCUUGCAAAAAGUACAAUGUGGCAGCUCGCUGGGCGCUUUGCCAAUAUGGCGUAGUGCGUGCCCGUUGCGAGGAGUUUGAACCUGAUGAGCUGCUGGGAACACCAGCAGACACUAUGGUCACUGAAGAUGGUGAAACAGUUGAGCGUGUGGCAGCUGACCCCUUCGCUGGACUCAAGAAGCUGAUGGCGGCCCUUGAGACUUCAGUUGGCAAGACGCUGCUGGACCGACGUGGUGAACUACGUGCUCAAUUUUACCAAGAUCUUCGACGUUCACCUGGUGAGCCCAUCACGGCCUUUUGCACGAGGUUCAGGACGCUUGCAUCUGAGCUGAAACGUGAGGGCAUCACCUUGCCUGAUGGUGAACUUGGUUGGUUUUUGAAAGAUCGAAUGGGCCUGGACUCCAUUCGAAAGCAGUUGCUGGACACUGCACUGGGAGCUCAAGAGGGCUAUGAUUUGGUGGAGUCUGAAGCGCUGAGGCUUUUCAGGGAUCUUCACACGGCAGAUCCACUUCACCGACGUCCUCCUGACCGACCCCCAUUGUUGCAACGGUUUUUGAACAGUUCGCAGCAGUCUGGACACAGUGGUCGAACUUCAGUGCCGUCCAGCGGCAGCUCACAUGCUUCGACAUUCCGAUCUUUCAGAUCGGCAUCUUCCAAUAGUUCUGCAAAGCCUGGUGGUUUCAGCAAGCCUUUUCAGACUGCUCCACGACAAGCUAUGGUGGCUGAAGGUGUGGAGGAAGAUGAACCUGAAGAAGAAGAACUUCUGCCAGCAGACGACCAAACACAGUCGGCACCGGCAUCGCUGGAAGAGGUUUUGCAAGCUGAGGCCGAAGUUUUGGCAUCAGAGCUUCAGCAACUGGAAGAUGAAGGUUCCGUGGAACCUCAAUUGCUUGAGGAGUUGGAGAACGGUGUGGAAGCAGCGGCUGAAUCCCUUGUUACCAUGCGUGAAGCUCGAAGCCGCAUUGCGGAAGUUCGCAAAGACCGUGGCUUCGGAAAAGCAGGAACAGGAAAGGGCAAUUUCAAGCCUAAGCUGCAUGGCAAUCUGGCCUCUGCAAAGAAGGCCACAACCAAAUGUUGGGAUUGCGGAGAAAGCGGACACUGGGGCGGAGACCCACAGUGCAGACGUCCCGGCGCCGGUCUUUACAAACCUAAGGGCAAAGGAAACCUCAGUGGACCGACAAAACAUGUCAAAAUGGUUGAAGCCUUGAACACGGAGCAUGCCAUAGAAGUGGUUGUCAGUGGCAUCAAGCCUGAAGAUGCCCACGAAGUCAUGGCCUGCUCAACCCGGAGCCUUUCCUUGCCUGAGGUUUUGGACUACGUCAAUGAAUCCAAUGCGGCGCAGACCCAAGUGCUUUCUUUGGAUAAAAGGAUGAUUGGUGCGUUGGACAGUGCUUGCAACCGCACCUGCAGUGGGAACGUUUGGUUGAAUCACUAUUUGAAAUCCCUCGAGAAAGCCCCAAAGGAGAUCAAGGACCUCAUCAAAGCAUCCCCUGAAAGUGAAGUUUUUCGUUUUGGCAAUGGUGGUAGCAAAACAAGUUUCAUGAGAUACCGUUUGCCAAUGAUGGUUGGUUCCUCUCUUUUGACGGUUUGGGUUUCAGUAGUUGAUGUGCCAAGCCUUGGACUUUUACUUGGCAGAGAUUUCCUGGAUGCAAUUGGCGCUGUUUUGAGUUUCUCUCGCAAGAUGCUGCGAGCAGAUCUACUGGAUGGUUCUCUGGUGCCCUUGCGCCAAAUUGCUGCAGGUCACUUCGCCUUGCGUCUGGCGCCACCCACAUGGACUUUGCCAGUGCUCAUGCCAUACAUGCCAAGCCUGAACAUGAGCAUCUUGUCACAGAACAAGGGGAACAAGCUGCAGACUUGGUGCAUUCUGGUUUGGUGGUGCAGCCUGCGAAUGAUGCCGCUUCGCUGCUUUUGGCUCGUCCGGCUCAAGCUAUGCGCUCUUCAACGAGCUUCAGAUCUACGACAACCUCCUCUCCUGCGUCUUCUGCUGACCGAGCCCUACGACCAGAUGGAACCAGAAAGCCCAGUCAACGUGUCAAGGGUGAUCUUGCUCCGCUGGAAAAGAAUGUGGCUGCGACUGGCAAGCCGCGCAGCAUGGCACGUUCAUGGAAUGCUCUUGUGGUUGCUGCAGCGGCCGCAUCUGCGGUUCUUGCCGGUGCCCUACCCCAGUGUGAUCACCAUAGACCAGUGGCUUUUGCAAAGCGAGCAGAUGGGAAGCAACAUGGAAUUUCGCUUCCGCAGCUGGCCAAGACGAUGGACUUCGAAGGCCAGGCAGAAUGGCAGCUUCACCCUGAGCAACAUGAUCGAGCUGAACGGCUUCCGAAGCCGUCAAGGCCUCAAGAUGACCUUCUUGGAGGACCCCUUGCUCAUGGGCAUGAUGGCUGCUCGACAAGUCAAAGGAGCAGCAGCUGCGAUGCGAAAAGCCGCUUUGCAAGAAGCCCAAGCACAAGCAAAGAAAACCGAAGAGCGUGGUCAGAAGACCGAAGCAAUCAGGCAGCUGAUUGGACCAAAGGGUGGACUUCCAACUCUCAAGGCCGAUCUUCUCCGGCUGGCGGCUCUGCUCCACAUCAUUGUCCCCGAGAAGGCGACUGUGGAGGACCUCAAGGCCCUGUGCAGGCCCUUGGUGAACGAGCUCAAGAUGGAUUCAAAGCAGCCUGCAUCUACAGUGGCAGCCAGCGGAAGCAGUUCCAGUGGCCUCACCGUGGAGCCCAAAGCCAAGAUGAAAGCUCCACCACCUGGAAUGAAGCGGCCUGGGAUGGACAUCACCGAAAGAGAAGUGGUGCAAAACACCCACGAUAUGCGCAAGUGCUCCUGGCGAACCAGGAGGAGCGCUUUCAAGCGAGGACAGCGAGUGGAGGGAGAUCGAGGGCUGAACCCUUACAAACUCCACCAAGAGCUGAGGCCUGGACUUUCUCAGCAGAUUGCACAAGCUUGGGAGCGGCAUGAAAGAGACAGACGUUUGGUUUCAAGAAGCACCAAAGAGGUUGAAGCUGUGAUGGACUUCGAAUGGGAGAGCAAUUUGAUGGACUUCAUGAAUGAAACUUUUGUGACAACAAUUGACCUUGCUCAUCCCCAGCUUCGUGAUCCUCUGGUGCAAGAGAUUUUCACUGCUACGCAGCGGGUGACCCUUGAAGCUCAAAAACGUGGGCACCUCACUGGCGAUCCACUUUCUUUGGAAUCUGGUUGGGACUUUAUGAAAGCCCUUGAUCGCCGUGCAGCCUAUGCCAAGGUCAAGCGCGAGAAGCCCUACUUUUUGGUUUUGGCCUAUCCCUGCGGACCUUGGAGCCCACUGCAAAGGCUCAACCCUGCUGCUGAUCUUCCUGAGAAACGUGAAGCCCAUCGAGAACUCAUCAGAUUUGCUCUUUCUUUGGCGCGCCUGCAACUGCGCAAUGGCCGUCACUUCAUCCUUGAGAACCCGGUUGGCUCAGAAUCCUGGAGUUUGCUGGAAAUCAUCAAGUUCUUGGAGGAAGAAGAGGCAAAGCUGGCACGUUUUGACCAGUGCAGAUUCAACUUGCGAUCUGCUGAUGGGUGGCUUCACAAGAAGGCAACACAAGUGGCAACCAGCAGUGAGGCAGUUCGUUCUCACCUUGAUCAAGUUCGAUGCACAGGCGAUCACCUUCAUCAGCCUGUCAUUGGUGGUUCCAAUCACAAACUUAAGAAUGCAUCCCAGAUCGUAGGGUAUUAG